AUGGAUAAUCAUAAAGCCAAAGUAUCCUAUAAAACAUUGAAAUCUAAUUUGGUCAAUUUACCAUCUAAUUUAACCAAUUUAUUAUUCACUGCCAACAUUCAAGUUCAAGAUGUCAUAAUAGAAAUCGUCACCACCACCACCACCACUUCAAAUAAGAGUCUCAUCAAACGUUAUGCUGGUUGGUCAGGAAUGUCAUCAUCUGAUAUUUCUAAUUUAGAAAUAGAUCCUAUAUUUGCUCAAUCAUUAAAUCUUAUUGAUAAAACCCCAAUCACGGUGAAUUUAAAACUUGGGAAUUAUGAAUCAACUAAUAUUAAUUUAGAACCAUUAACAAGUUCUGAUUGGGAAUUGGUAGAAUUACAUGCUCAAUCUAUUGAAGAUAAAUUAUUAAGUCAAACCAGAUGUGUUGCAUUAAAUCAAGUUUUAGUGGUAUACCCAAGUAUUAGUACCAGUGCCAAAUUAUUAGUGACUGAUUUGGGUAGUACGGAUCAUACGUUUGCGAAAAUAUCAGCAUAUUGUGAAAUAGCCAUUGCUCCCAAAGUGAGAGAAGAAAAGCAACAUAAGGAUAAAACUGGAAGUUCCAAUAAGAGUAUUGCUAGUUCUAAAAGUACGAAAAAAACCCCAACUUCAUCACUGGAAGAUUAUUCUGAUUUACCCCUGGUUUUAAAAAGAGGAAUUUCAUUACCACAUAAGUUAUAUGAUGGUAAUGAGACAGUGAAUAUUGCAGGUUACUUUGUGUAUGUAGAUAUUAAAGACGAAUUACCUCAAGGAUUCAGUAGUGAAUAUGUGGCAGUAUCAGUGAUUCCUGGUCCAAAUGAUAAAACAUCAACAAAAACAUUACCAAUUACAGAAGAUGAUGACAAUGACAAAAACAAAAACUUGAAAGAGAAUAAAAGAAUUAUUGCCAAAUUGGUGGACUAUAAAUUUGGUCCUUCAGGUAAUAUUGGAUUAUCUCAUAAUUUAUCAAUAGCAUUAAAUAUUGAAAAUCAAAUAGGGAACAUUAUUAGUUUGAAACCAGCUAUUAAAAAUUUACCUAAACGUCCAACAACUUUUACUAUUCAUCCUUAUAUUAUACAUUCAAAGAAAAAAGAAAUCACUAUUAGUAACAAUAAAAAAGAAAAUAAAUUGGCACAACAAUUGACAGAAAUCAUGUAUCCAGAUAUUGCAUCAUUACCAAUCACCAAUUUUAUGAAAAUCCCUAUUAUUGCCAAUAUUUUACCAUAUGGAGGGUUAUUGAAAUUCCGGAAAAAUGAUGAAUAUAAUGCUUGGAUCAAACCAUAUAAUUUAGAUACGAAAAAACCCAUAAAAUUCGAAAUAGGUGAUGAAAUUUUACGUCCUAGUUCAUUUAUACAACAAGAACAAAAGAUUAACAAUCAUAACAAUGGUACAGAAUAUGAAUACGGAGAAAAAGAAGGAAAAGAAGAAGAAGAAGAAGAAGACGAAGAAUUGGAAGCAAUUGGAUUAGAUGAUACUGUUGAAGAAAUUGUUGAUUCAUUUAUUACAUCAGAAAAUACUGGGACUUUAAUAUAUGGGAAUUCUGGUAGUGGGAAAACAUUAUUAUUAAAAUUAGUGGCACGACAAUUAAAUCAACAAUAUGGAUAUUUUACUAAAUAUAUAUCUUGUGAUACCAUUAUGAAUGAAAAUUUCCAAAAUUUAUCGAAAAAUCAUUUUUUCAAAUGGAUUCAAGUUUGUUCAUGGAAUAAACCAUCGAUUUUAAUUUUAGAUAAUAUUGAUAAAUUAAUGAAUAUAGAAAUGGAAAAUAUGGAUAAUACUAAAUCUAAUCAAUUGACAGAAUUUUUCAUUGCUAAUUUAACCAAAAUUCAUCAUCAAUUAAAUUCUAAUUUAUCAAUUUUAUUAUCAGCUAAUUCUAAAGAUAAUAUUAAUAAAUUAUUAUUAGGAUCUCAUUUAAUUGAAAAUUUCCAUCAUUUAACCCCACCAGAUAAAUCAUUACGAUUUGAAAUUUUAGAAAAAUAUUUAAUUAAUAAAUUAGGAUUAAUCAUUAAAGUUGAUUUAAUGGAUUUAGUUAGUGAAACUGACGGUUAUUUACCUAAUGAUUUAAAAAUUUUAAGUGAUAGAAUUUAUCAUGAAGUGUUAUUUAACAGUAAUAAUACUAACUUGCAAGAAGUUACUGAGGAACAUAUUACCAAAGCUUUAACUGGUUAUACACCAUCUAAUUUACGAGGAGUUAAAUUACAAAAAUCAUCGAUUAAUUGGUCAGAUAUUGGAGGAUUAAAAGAAGCGAAAAAUAUAUUAUUAGAAACUUUAGAAUGGCCCACUAAAUAUGCACCGAUUUUUGCUAAUUGUCCAUUAAGAUUAAGAUCAGGGAUUUUACUUUAUGGAUAUCCUGGAUGUGGUAAAACAUUAUUGGCUAGUGCUAUAGCAGGUCAAUGUGGAUUAAAUUUUAUUUCUAUUAAAGGACCAGAAAUUUUAAAUAAAUAUAUUGGUGCUUCAGAACAAAGUGUUCGAGAACUUUUUGAAAGAGCUCAAGCAGCUAAACCAUGUAUUUUAUUUUUCGAUGAAUUUGAUUCAAUUGCUCCUAAAAGAGGUCAUGAUUCUACUGGAGUAACUGAUCGUGUUGUUAAUCAAAUGUUGACACAAAUGGAUGGAGCUGAAGGAUUAGAUGGAGUUUAUGUAUUAGCAGCAACUUCUCGACCAGAUUUAAUUGAUUCAGCAUUAUUAAGACCAGGUCGAUUAGAUAAAAGUGUUAUAUGUGAUAUGCCCAAUUAUGAAGAUCGAUUAGAUAUUUUAAAAAGUAUUACUUUAAAAAUGGAUUUGAGUGAAGAUGUGAAUUUACAUGAAAUUGCUGAGAAAACUAUUGGAUUUAGUGGAGCUGAUAUGCAAGGAUUAGGAUAUAAUGCUUAUUUAAAAGCUGUUCAUGUUACAUUAGAAGAAUUAUCUCAAAGGGAACAAGAUGAAGCCAAUAAUGACGAUGGUAAUAAUAUUGAAAAAAAAGAAAAUUCCAUUGAAUUUUUCCAAGUUGGAAAUUCAGAAAAGAAAUUAAAUACUAAUGAAAAAAUCCAAUUAUUACAUCAAAUUCAACAAUUUAUGACUAAGAAAGAUAAUUCAGAUCCUAAAUUGAAGACAGGACAAGAUGAAGUUAUAAAUAAAUCAAAAGUUUUAAUUACUCAUGAAAAUUUUUUGGCAUCAUUAAAAGAAACUAAACCAUCAAUAUCCCAUUCAGAAAAAAUCAAAUUAACAAAAAUUUAUAAAGAAUUUGUUAAUGAUCGAGAUGGUAAUAUGCCUAAUGGUACUCCAAGUAACGAAAUUGGAGGUAGAACUACAUUAAUGUAA